AGAACUAAGGCAGUCUCAAGGAAGCAACUGCUCCUGAGAAAGGUUUGUUGGUGAUAGGUCACUAAGGGAGGAUUUAGAAAUAUCAGAGUCUUCUUCCUCAAAUUGUGACCACAGACAAAAUUCCUGGCCACGGUAUCAAGGGAUAGUUACCUCUGGCCAGAAUAGAAAAGCUGAAGUAUGUACAAGAAUGUGGCCUAGCAAGGCAAGGCCAGAGAUCAAUAUGGACUACAAAGUUCAUAAAGUAGUAGUCUAUGUCAUGGUAGAAGUCAAACAGUGGAAAGUCAUAGGUGCAGGACAAAUUUCAUCCAAAUACAUUGAACGGCUCAGCGGAGUGUGCCUGCUUGUUCACUCAGAACCAGAUGGCUCACCAAUUAUGGAGUACAAGAUUCUUCCUAACGUGCCCUAUCAGAAAUAUCAAGAGGAGGUAAUCAUUUGGUCUGAAGCUAAGACCCAUGGUAUGGCAAUACAUUUCCUGACACCAAACGGUUGUCAAGAGAUCUGGAAAGUUAUCUGUGAAGUUCAAGGUAAAGAUCCAAGUGUAGAAGUCACACAAGAACUCACUGAUGAUCUGGAAACCUUUGAAGAACUGCCACCAAUCAAGACUCUGAUUGAGAUGUCAGACUGUGAACUCCAUUCCCUUGAAAACGUUGCAAAUUUAUUUUUUUGUGUUGAUGAAAUGCCAAACCAGAAAGAAAGGCUGGUGCUGAUCUUCAAAAAGGAAAGUUACAUUAAAAAAUUGCUACAGCUGUUCAAAACUUGUGAAAAGCAUCAGAACCUGGAAGGCUUACACUAUUUGAAUAGCAUCAUUAAAAGAAUCCUGUUUCUAAAUGAUACAUGCUUGUUUAAGAUGAUGUUUUCUGACGAAUUCAUCAUGGAUGUGAUAGGGUGCCUUGAACAUGGCCCUGGUUUUGAUCAGCCAAAGAGGCACAGGAAUUUCUUGACUCAAAAUGCCAAAUUCAAAGAAGUUCUGCCAAUAAUGCACUCAGAACUCAAGCAAAAAAUACACCAGACCUAUAGAAUGCAAUAUGUUCAUGAUAUUAUGUUGCCCACCCCAUCCAUAUUUGAAGCAGAUCAUCUUUCUAAUCUUACUGCCAUGAUUUUUUUCAAUAAAAUUGAGAUAGUUACCAUGCUGCAGAAAGAUAAAAGAUUUUUGCUUCAAGUUUUUUCUCAGCUAAAAGAUAACACUGUAGGUGAUGAGAGACGACAUGAAUUGUUAUUAUUCUUCAAGGAAUUCUGUGCAUUUGUUAAGACAUUACAGUCUCAUAAGAAACAUUCAUUACUGAAAUCAAUGAUAAGGCUUGGAAUCAUGAGUGCACUGAAAUCUGUAGUAUACAUACAUGAUUACAAAAUACAAGUAGCUGCUCUGGAAAUAUUUGCUAAUCUAGUAAAAUAUUGUCCAUGCCUUGUUCGAGCUUAUGCAAUGAAAGAAGCUCAAGACAGUGAAGAUAAUGAUGAGCUUAUCAUUAAUGUCAUGAUUGAACAAAUGAUCUGUGAUGCUAACCCUGAAUUUUCAUUAGGCAUUAUUAUGACAACAGUUCUGCAUAUUCUUCUUGAUAUAGAAAAUAUACGUGUCACAGCUAAGAAAAGGAAAUUUCUCAAUUUCUUCUAUACACAUUGCAUGAGUAACCUCAUAGCACCUAUUUUGUCUACCAGAGUAGAAAAUGAUAGCGACAAUAAUAGGGCUAACAUCUGCCAUGAUGAUUAUCAAAAUGCACAAAUGCUUGGUGCAGUUUUAGAAUUACUUACGUUUUGUGUACAGUGCCACUCAACUUACAUAAAAAGUUGUAUUUUGAGUAACAACUUGCUCAGUAGAAUCUUGGUGCUGAUGAAUUCAAAGCACACUUUUCUAAUUUUGAGUGCUGUCCGGUUUAUGAGAAAGAUGAUUGGUCUUAAAGACGAAAUUUACAAUCUUUACAUAAUUAAGAAAAACCUUUUUGAACCAGUUAUAAAUGCUUUUGUGACUAAUGGAACUCGGUACAAUAUGUUAAAUUCAGCUAUUAUUGAGCUAUUUGAAUUUAUAAGAGAAGAAAACAUCAAGUCUCUCAUUGCAAACAUCGUGGAAAAAUUUUUUGUGGCUUUUGAAUCAAUUGAGUACGUUCAGACCUUUAAAGGGUUGAAGACUAAAUAUGAAGAGGAGAAGAAAAGAGAACGUCAAAUAAGAAGACAUUUAUAUAAAACAAUCUACCCAAAAAUAUAUUGUCGACGUAUCAAAUUUAUGAAGGUAAAAGUAAAGGCAGACAUAUGUUGUAGAGGAAUCAGAGCAGAAGAUGCUAGUCUACCAAUGGAAAAUGACCUUCCAAGUCGUUAUGACAUAUUUAUGAAAAUUAAAAAAACAAAUAAGAGAAAAAAUGAAAUAGAACACCCAAAAAGAAAAUCAUCUGAAGCCUCUAAAUGUUGUCCAUCUCAUGGUGAUACUUCUGCUAACAGAAUGAGUAGGUCUUCCUGUAACAGCCUGGUUACUUUAGUGGAUUACCCAUAUGAUAGUGAUGGAGAGAAUGACAAUGAUCCUUAUGGUAAUGAAAAGAAAAUGAAGUCAAAGAUGAAGAUGAAGAACCCCCCCCAAAAAGACCUACUCUUAGUUUCAUAAAAUUAUAAGAGGCUCCAAUUCCUAAUUCAAUUGAAACUCUAUAAAUAUCACAAAUUGGAAAAUCUAACUUAAAAAAAUCUUUCUCCAGUGUACUUUUAGAUAUGGUAGAAAGUGGAGCAACUAAUGAAUAAGGGGCCUCAAUAUUAUAUAAGAAAACCUCCCACAAAAUAGAUACAUAAUAUAAAAUAAAUAGCAACUGAGUCAUAACUUUGAAUCAAGAAUAUGUUACUUUACCAGUAUGGAUUGGGAGGAAAGACUUUGAUUAAGUAAUACAAUUUUUACUAAGGUUUUUAUAAUAGAAUUGACUACAAAGGUUUUAUUGCAAAGCCUACUUUCUAAAAUGGUCUAGCACUAACAUUCUUUACAUAAAUUGAAGUUUGUUUAAAGCAUCAUUGGUUUAUAUGGAAGACAAAGUCAUAUUAAAGAAAAACUAAAGUGAAAUUUUCAGCAUUUCUGUGAAGAUUUAAAAGAACUCCUACAUUAUUAUGAAUAUUAAUAGGGAAACAACAUUCAGUACAUUUUAGUCCAUAUUUUCAUGAAUAAAAUGAUAUGCUAGAUCCUAAAGAAGCUAUUGUUAAUGUAGUUCUUUUGUAGAUAAUAAAUAUUAACUAUUAGCAUC